UUCUGUUUAUUGCAAGGCAAAGUGAACAUAGGAUAAGAGUUUGAUUCAACUUCGGACAAGGUUCCUGGCAGACCCAAGGGAUGUGACUACUAAGUAAAGCCACUCAUUUGUAAUAAUUCUUCACAAACUUCACAAACUAACGUUUUUACAUCCUCAGAGACUGUCAGUCCCAUCCCUCACACGCCCUCAUCUCCCCCAGCCCCAACCACCCAUGCCAGCCACCUCCCGAGGCUCAGUCCUGCCCAUGGAAAGACACAGGCUUUGGAGGCAGGCAGACCUAAGUUCAAAUUUAAUUCUAUCACUUUCUAGGUAUGUGACCUUGUGUAGUUUACUUAACCUCUCUGUAUCUCAGUUUCUUCAUCAGUAAAUCGGAUGUAAUGAUACCUACCUCAGAGUUACCUCAUAGACAAAGUACCUGGGCUUGUUACUUCCCAAACUUACUUUCCCUUAGUUCCCAAACCUUUCUGGAGGUUCAAAGCCCCUUCAGAUAAGGCUUAGCACACCACUCACAGCAGGAAGGUCUAAUCUGCAGGACCUCCUCUUAUUCCCCAACCUCCCUCUCACACUGGCCUUCUCUGAACUGACCAGUUUACCAUAGCAACCUCUGGGAUGGGGUAUCUCACCAGGGACUGGAGCCAGCCCCUCUCCAUGCAGAUGGCCCUCCUGCAGGCUGCAUCUUACCCUGUGCUCUGAUCCUCUUACUGGGGCUUGUGCUGCGGCCCUUACUGCACCUUCCCAUCCCGACUGUCACUGCCUUUCCUGUUGGCUGCAUGCAGACAAGUUACUGCGAAGAUGCCUUUCCAGAAGCUCCAUGUACUUUCUGCAAAAAUGUGUAUUAGGAGCCCAUUUGGGACUUGGCUUCAGAGCUCAGAAUGCUUACUUCUCAUCAUCCUCAAGGAUGGUUGUUCUUCAUCCACAGAGAACAAAUUUGAUGUUUGUAAAGUGCCACAUUGUAAUAGAGGGGAAACGUGACCAGAAAUUGAAGGCUCUGGUGCACCCAUCCCUUCUUCAGAGUGACCACUUCUCCAAGGGUUCUUGGUAUCUUCAUUUAUAAAAGGGCUUAGUUAUGAGGAUCCAACAAAAUGAGGUGGUAAUGAAAAUUAAAUCAAAGCAAAGCAAAUCAAGCAGUAAUUGCCAGUACUGUUAACCUCUUGGGGACUUUCUCCUGGGACUGACAGGCUACAAACUCUGUAAGAAUAGAAACUGCUGACAUCCUGUUCCACACUGUUUCCCUCAGGCCUGACCCUAUGUCUGAAAUGGAACAGGCUUUCCAUAAAUAUUUGCUGAUUGGUUGACUAGUUGAGUUCCCCAUCUUUUCAAUGAAGGGGUUGCACUUAAUUAUCUUAAGCCUCUUCUCCCACCAGCUGUAAAAUGCUGCCUACCCACAGGACGGGGCUGGGGACAGCUAUUAACUUUUUUUGUUUUAAUCAAAAAUGAGACCAAACCAAAAAGAAAUGAAAUUUAAUUUCUUGCAUGUCUCAUAAAUUUGGCAUGAAAGGCAAUUCCAAAACAAGAAUUCCAAGAAUGUUCUGAGUAAUGGCAACAUUGCCAGAAAAACAUGUAUAGCUUCCCAAAGUGGCCACUUUGGAAAGGGUAACCCUCAACAGAUGGAAAUGUUUUAAAAUGUUUGUAUUAAAAAAAAUAGGAGUCCCAUGACUUUGCAGUCACAUGGAGAUGGAGAGUGUUCACCGGGAACCCCAACUUGUGCUGAGCACUGCAGAGCCCAUUACAUCUGACAUGAGGAGACAGACCCAGGGAGGGAUUCAGGAAAGACACCCAGUGUAGUAAGAGGGCCUGCUCAUUAAGCCAACACAGCCACGUGUCAGCAAGUAAAACAGACAAGAAGGGAAGUGGGGCUGGGCUGGGCCAAGGCUUGGAUGAAUCAAGCCUUCCCAUGGGGUGGGGAUGGCCUAUCUAAAACACUAGCCUCCAUUAAAUCCCCUAUAAAAGGUUCCUCUGCUGCUGACCUGGUACUCCAUACAUCGCCUAACAGACACUUGUUCAUCCUGCCUGUGUAUUAGGUAAGUGCCCUCCUGAGGAACCUCUUUCUCAUUCUCAGUGUCUUGGUGAUCUGAGCUCAUAAAAUCAGGCUGUCAGAUCCAGGCUGUAGGUGCCAGCUGGGGGCAGAAAGUAUCCACUCUGACUGGGCCUCAGGCAAACUGGGUGUGUGCACGUGGGAGAGGAUGCUCUUCUGAAGCCAUGGGCCUCUUUCCUUCUCCCCUGUGGCUAGCCUGGCAGCAGCUUCUCCUCCUGAAGCCUGUUUUAGCAGCAGCAAUAGAACCACCCAUGUGCCUUCCUGUACAUCAAAGGUGUCUUAUUCUUAAGGUUCUGGAAGCCUCUUUGCUGUGCUCAGAGUCUGUGAGGCCAGAAUCAGGUUACUCCUGCCAGCCUGACAAUGGGCUUGAAACUUCUCACAGGGGAAGGGGCUUACAUGGCGGUUCUCCCCCACCUCAGGGCCAUAUUUAGGCAAGAUGAGUUUAUAGAUUUACCCGAAGGGAUCUGAAGUGUAACUAAAAAGUCAUCUUAUUAUUUUUAAUAUUUAUAGGUCAGAGGUUAAGGUUUGCCAUGUGGUAAACAACAACAACAAAAAAAAAAAACAGGAUCUUUUCAUUUCUCUGUUGAGAUACAAUAUUCUGAGUUUUGUACCUUGAUGUACAAAAGCAAAGUCUGUCUGAAACUUUUGGCUUCUGGGGGGUAGAAAGGACACUGCCUGAAGAGCCCACCUAGGGUCUGUAACCUUCGGCCACAUUGUCCCACCUUCCCCAGUGCCAAGUCUUCCUCCUUCCUGCCUCCCCUCAUUCUCCUGCCUCUGCACCCAGGCCUUCCUUCUUUCAUGCCUUCUCCUUCCCAUCUCACGGUGCCCUCUCCCAGUGUCCCAGCUUCUGUAGCCUUCUAUCUCCCCCUGCAUUUGAAACUUGCCAUCUCCAAUGCCAUCUCCUGGUCUCUGAGGCUUCUGCUUUAAUGCAUCUCCAAGUCCCUUUGCCUCUUGCCCAACCAGUUGCACCCAAGACUCACUUUAAGCUAUGCCCAGAUCCCUGGCUAACGAGAAGGAAAAUCUCUCCCUUCAUUUUGGAGCCAUUCCUCACAGGCCAACAGCACUGUGGGCUGGCAGAAGCCACACACCUAUGGGCAGGCUGACCUCCCUUACAGGUUCCAGUGCUGAGGACAGAAGUUACACUCAGAGGAACUUAGGACUUGGAGCAUUGCCAAUAGCUGGUAGCCCAGCCUCUUCCUGAAUACCUACCCAAAAGGCAGCAAGAAAGGGUGGAGUCAGGCCCCUGAUGUUCCUGCUUGGCCCCACCCAAGGCAGGGGUUGACUUACAUAUGUAUUUAUUGCCUGUCAGUGUUCCCAGCAGGACCCUAACAUCAUAUAACAGACAACCAUUGACUGGAUAGACUGUCCACGGGGAACAGUCUAGAAGGCUCAUUGCAUUUGGGUUAAGGAGAUACGGGUUCUUGGUUUCUUGGUUCCCCCAAGCUGUGGGGCCUUGAGCAAAUCUCCUAACUUCUCUGAACCUAUUUCCUCAUCUAUAAAAAAGUGGAGAUAAUAAGGAGAACAAGAGAUGAUGCAUAUGGAAAUGCUUUGUGAGCAGUAGUCUACAUAGAUGUAAAAACAUUAGGUAUGUGUAUAAUAAUAUCAUAAUGAUAUUUAAUAACUGCCACUUAGUAUAAGCCAGCAUCUGCCAAAUACUUUAUAUGAAUUAUCCCUUUUAAUCUUCACAAUAAUCCUAUCAAGUACAUACUUGAUAGGAUUACCUUCCUUUCACAAUGAGUAAACCAAGGCAUGGAAAGGCAAAGCAACCUGUCCUAGCUCACCUGACAGGUAGGUGGUGAGGCUAGCAUAGAAGUCCUGACUCUGGAGCCUGCCACUAACCAUGGUGUGCCCCUCCUUCCCAUUCAUAAAAUCCAUUAAGUAGGAAAGGGCAGGGAAGACCCAGACUGAGACACCGGAAGCAGAGCUGAAAAUGCAAGAAGAGACCUGGAAGAAGCAGGAGGAAACGCUAAGGUUGAUUUUGGAGCCCCCAUGGGGGCUUUGUUUCUUUCUCCAGCUUGAGUCCAAAGAUGCCUCAGUUAUUGCGAAACAUUAAUGGGAUCAUCGAAGCCUUCAGGCGCUACGCCAGAACCGAGGGCAGCUGCACGGUGCUCAUCCGGGGGGAGCUAAAAAGGCUCCUAGAACAUGAGUUUGCUGAUGUCAUUGUGGAACCGCAUGAUCCUGCCACUGUGGAUGAAGUCCUGCACCUGCUGGAUGAAGAUGAUACAGGGACUGUGGAAUUCAAGGAAUUCCUGGUCCUGGUGUUUAAAGUUGCCCAAGCCUGUUUCAAGACAAUGAGUGAAAGUCCUGCUGGGGCUUGUGGAUCUCAAGAGUCUAGGAGCCUUCCCACUGGGGCCUCACAAGAGCUGGGGAAAGAACAGAGCAGGAGAGCUGAAGUGGGGCAGGCUAGAGAAGGACAGCAUCGAGAGGGGAGCCAAUGUGGACAGAGCACUCAGGCCUCCAGAGGACAGGCAGGGAUUGGGGCUCAGACCCAUGGUCAGGAUCUUGGCCAGGACAGGCAGUCUGAAUCUCAGAGACAAGAGAGUCAGCAGACACAAGCUGGGGGACAUGUGCAGCAGACCCAGAGAGUGGGAGAAGCCAAGAGUCACCAGACCAGACAGAGGGAGUCAGAGAGACAGUCACAGACCAGGGAACAGGACAGAACACACCAGACAGGUGACCCAAUGACUGGAACUGGAACUCAGACCCAGAGAGAUGCAACCCAGACUAUGGAGCAGGACAGGAGCCAUCAGAUAGGAAGGCCUGGCACGCAGCCACAGGAGUUCACCCAUGGCCAGACCAGAGGGACUGAGGUCCAGGGUCAAGAUAGGAGCCAGACAAGCCAGAUAGUGACAGGAGAACAUGUUCAGACACCGGGAGGUGCCGCCCAGGCCAUGGAGCAGGACAGGAGCCGUCAGAUAGGAAGGCCUGGCACACAGCCACAGGAGUCCACCCAUGGCCAGACCAGAGGGACUGAGGUUCAGGGUCAAGACUGGUGCCAAACAAGUGAAGUGGUGACAGGAGAACACAUUCAGACACAGGCAGGGUCACAAACCCAGAGACACACCCAGACCAUGGCACAGGACAGGAGCCAGACUGCAAGUCACAUAGGGGAUAGAGAUGAGGGACAGACUCAGAGGCAGUCAGGCAGUGGUCAAAGAUGGACACAAGUGAGCCACUAUGAGGCAGGAGAGAGAAAGCUGGGAGGACAGACCCAGGCUGGGGCAAGCACUCUGACAGGCAGACAGGACUGGAGCAACACUCACCCAAGGUGUACUGUGACAGGUGGGCAGGGAGAGAGAGAACCCACAGUGGUUACCCAGGAGUGGGUGGAUGACCACACAAGGGAGAUGGUGACCUCAAGGCAGAACCAGGGCAGCCUGCACAUUGGCAUGCCUUCAGCCCAGGGCCAGGAGGCAGCCCGGCCAGAAGGCAAGUGAGGCCUCACAGCCAGGGGGCUAUAUUCCUACUUCAAGAGCAACAAGCUGUGA